AUGGCAGCUGCUAGGACUCUUCGCAUAGGUCUCAUUCCUGGAGAUGGUAUCGGACGAGAGGUCAUUCCGGCCGGUAGACGGGUGUUGGAGUCGCUUCCAGCUUCUCUGAACCUCAAGUUCAGCUUCGUCGACCUCGAUGCUGGCUUCGACACCUUCAAGCGGACAGGUACCGCUCUGCCCGACAAAACAGUCGACACGCUGAAGAAGGAGUGUGACGGUGCCCUGUUCGGGGCUGUCAGCUCCCCCAGCACCAAGGUCGCCGGCUACUCCUCCCCCAUUGUCGCUCUCCGCAAGAAGCUGGACCUCUACGCCAAUGUGCGUCCUGUCAAGACUACCGCUGGUAGCGGCGGCAAGCCCAUUGACCUGGUCAUUGUGCGUGAAAAUACCGAGGAUCUCUACGUGAAGGAAGAGACAACCAAGGAUACCCCCAACGGCAAGGUUGCUGAGGCGAUCAAGCGGAUUUCCGAGCGUGCCUCGUCCCGAAUCUCCACCAUUGCGGGAGAAAUCGCCCUCCGCCGUCAGAAGAUCCGUGAUGCCGCUGGCAACUCUGCUCUUCGCACCAAGCCAAUGGUGACCAUUACCCACAAGUCCAACGUUCUGUCGCAGACAGACGGUCUCUUCCGGGAGACCGCCCGCAAGGCUCUCGCCGCGGAGCGCUUUUCCUCUGUUGAGGUGGAGGAGCAGAUUGUCGACUCCAUGGUCUACAAGCUCUUCCGGCAGCCCGAGUACUACGAUGUGAUUGUUGCCCCUAACCUGUACGGCGACAUUCUGUCCGACGGUGCUGCUGCUCUGGUUGGCAGCUUGGGUCUCGUGCCCAGCGCCAACGUUGGUGAUGGUUUCGCUAUUGGCGAGCCCUGCCACGGCAGUGCUCCCGACAUCGAGGGCAAGGGCAUCGCCAACCCCAUCGCUACUCUGCGCAGUGUCGCUCUGAUGCUCGAGUUUCUGGGUGAGGAGCAGGCCGCUGCCAAGAUUUACGGUGCCGUUGACGCCAAUCUCGACGAGGGCAAGUUCCUCUCUCCUGACAUGGGUGGAAAGGCCACUACUCAGGAGGUUCUGGACGAUGUGCUCAAGAGACUGUAA